CACUCCUUCACGGUGGAUGGAGAACUGAUCCUAAUGGGGGAGAGAGUGGCUAUUCCUGAAUCAGCCAGAAAAGCAUUUUUGCUGGAACUGCAUGAAGGACACACAGGAAUCAGCACGACUAAAGCGCUGGCCAGAAUGCUUGUAUGGUGGCCAGGAAUUGACCACGACAUUGAGCAUCUCCUGCAGACCUGUCAAGUGUGUCAGGCGAUGGCACCAAUGCCACCGGCAGAGAAGCCUGUUGCAUGUCCAGCGACCACCAAGCCAUGGACUCAAUUACACAUCGAUUAUGCUGGUCCAAUUGAGGACAAAAUGAUCCUGGUUGUGGUGGAUAGCUACUCUGGGUGGAUUGAAGCUGUACCCACACAGACAGCAACGUCAGCAGCAACCAUUGAAAUCUUGCGAGACAUUUUUGCACGGUUUGGUUUGCCCACCUGCCUCGUGUCGGAUAACGGCACAUCAUUCUGCAGUGCAGAGUUCAGGGAAUUUGUGAUCCAAAAUGGCAUACGCCAUUUCCGUACUGCACCGUUCCACCCGCAGUCAAACGGGCUGGCCUAAAGGGCUGUAAGAGUAGUAAAGGAUGGCCUAAAGAGGCAAACAGGUGGUACGUUAGUUGCACGACUGAACCGUUGGCUUCACACCCAUAGGCGCACACCAUCAGUUAACAGAGACAAAGCCCCUGCGGAAAUGCUUCUCACCUUCAGACUCGGAGGACGCCUCGACCUGCUACUGCACAAGAUAGACUAUCUCGUGCCGACUACGG